AUGGCAGCGUCUGUGGUGGCCUUUGUGACCUUUAUGACCUUCAGCCACCUUCUGGGCAGCAGCCUCGGGGCCAGCCAGGGCUUCCCUGGGGCCACCAGAUGUUUUGGUGUGCAGGUGUUGCCCAAGGGGGAGAAAAUUACCCUCACAGGCCACGUUUAUGAUGAAGAUGAUUACAGGAGAAUUCGCUUUGUUGGUCGCCAGAAAGAGGUAAAUGAAAACUUUGCGAUUGGUUUGAUAGCAGAGCAACCAGAAUGCAAAGUGGAAAGUCCAGUGAUAUCAUGUAAUGGUGGAGGAGGAGCUCUGGGUCAUCCUAAAGUGUAUAUAAACUUGGACAAAGACUAA